AAUAAAUACAAAUGUAGCCAUUUUUGCAGCUGGCUGCUUACGGUCACACUAGUCAGUCGCAGUUCAUUUUUCAUCAAGUGCGGGUGUGUUCUGCGGACGUGUUGUGACGACGUAUUAAAAACUUCGAUAGCUGCUAAAAAUGGAAAAUAAUUAAAAGUGAAAAGUGGCAAAGUGAAAAAGAAGAAGAACAACAAACAAACCGCAGGAAGCGCUGAUUAGAGCGCCAGCAAACGAAGAGAACGAGGCGUGCCAAGUGUUAAAAGUACAAGUGCAAAUAAAUCCAACAGAUUUUGUGGCGAUGUCCACCGCCGAAACGGGGUCGUCGCCUGGCAAAAGCAACAACAAUAGCAACAGCGUCGCUGCAGGCGGCAAUGCGAAUUCGAAAGGUGUUCAGCGCCGACAAUUGCGCGAACGCAAACAGCGCAAACUUUACCUUGAAGAAUGGUCACUCGGCGACGAUGAUGCGGAAGGCGCGCGCGGUUUCAGCGUUGCCGAAAAGCUUGAGUCCUCCAAGUUUGCGCAAGCCGGCAUGGUACGGGAGAUGCGCGGCUGCGAUCUAACAGUCGCCUUUCUGCAGCAGCAUGGCUUCAAUAUACCCUUACUGUUUAGGGAGAAGAACGGCUUGGGGCUGCGCAUGCCCGAUGCACAGGAGUUCACUGUUAACGAUGUACGACUGUGUGUCGGAUCACGUCGUUUGCUGGACGUGAUGGAUGUUAAUACGCAGAAGAAUCUGCAGAUGACGAUGAAGGAGUGGCAACAGUACUACGAUAAUCCGCAAAAGGAUCGACUGCUGAAUGUUAUAUCCCUGGAAUUCUCGCACACGCGUCUCGAUCAUUUUGUGCAGAGUCCGGAGAUUGUGCGUCAGAUCGAUUGGGUGGAUGUUGUUUGGCCCAAGCAGCUGAAGGAUGCGCAAAAGGAGGGCACCAAUUUGUUGGGUGGCAUGAUGUAUCCCAAAGUUCAGAAGUAUUGUCUCAUGUCCGUGAAGAACUGCUAUACAGAUUUCCAUAUUGACUUUGGAGGCACCUCCGUCUGGUAUCACAUACUUAAGGGCAGCAAAGUCUUUUGGCUAAUCCCACCCACCGAUCGCAAUUUGCAGCUGUACGAAAAGUGGGUGCUGUCCGGCAAACAGGCGGAUAUCUUCUUUGGCGAUACAGUCGAGAAAUGUGCACGUGUCUACCUCACAGCUGGCAAUACCUUCUUCAUACCCACCGGCUGGAUACAUGCCGUCUAUACGCCCACCCAAUCUCUGGUCUUUGGGGGCAAUUUUUUGCACUCCUUUGGCAUUGUCAAGCAGCUGAAGACGGCCAGCGUUGAGGAUAAUACGAAAGUGCCGCAAAAGUUUCGGUAUCCUUUUUUCACCGAAAUGCUGUGGUAUGUCCUCGCACGCUAUGUCUACACGCUGCUGGGCCACUCGCAUCUGGAGGGCGAACCAUCGGCCAGCGAGGCCGAGAUGGCCGCCCGCCCCCACACACAUCUCACGCACUAUGAGCUCUUUGGGCUCAAGGAAAUUGUCAUGUAUCUGUACGAUCUGCCGCCGCAGAAGAAGAAUGUGCCCAGUCUAGUUUUGGAUCCAGUGGCUCUGAUCAAGGAUGUGCGCACGCUAGUUGAACGCCACUGUAAGGAUCAACAAGAUAUGGCCGUGACGGGCAUGUCCGUACUACGACCCGCCGCCGAGCAUCAGCCGCUCUUUCAACUCUACGAUCGCACGCGAGUCAAGCAGGAGAUCAAACAGGAGAUUGCACGCAAAAAUGCAGAGGUCAUACGCGAACAGCAGCAGCUGGAGGCGGCCAGGGAGGCCGAGUCAGAGGCUGGCCAGGGCAGCCACAACAGCGCCAACCAUGGAUGCAACAACAGCAUCAACUCCAGCGGCAUCAAUAAUAACAACAGCUACAGCAGCCAGGGCGUAGAGUACAGCAACGGGGUGCUGAAGAAGGAGCAGCUGGAGAAUGGCACGUCCAGUGGACAUGGAACGCAGCCAGAAGCUACCUUUGUGCUGCCCACGGACACACUCAAGUAUCGUCCGCCCAAGAAGAUGCACCUGGCCAAUGCUGUAGCCGCUGCCGCCACCAGCAGCAACAAUAAUACAAGCAAUAGUAGCCACAGCAAUAGUCCCACCAAUGUGGGCAACAACAACGCCGUCAGCGUGAUUGCCACCUGCUCCAGUUAUGUUGAUGGCACUGGCGGGAUGUCUGCUCCGCUGGACAACUGCCCGUCGCCGGGUGAGGCAGGUGCCAAGUUGUCGCCACAUUUGACGGGCACCGGUCAGCCAAGGCGACGGCGCACGCGCUGUAAGAACUGUGCCGCCUGUCAGCGCUCCGAUUGCGGCACCUGCCCAUUCUGCAUGGAUAUGGUGAAGUUCGGCGGGCCCGGGCGUGCCAAACAGACGUGCAUGAUGCGACAGUGCUUAUCGCCAAUGCUGCCAGUAACCGCUCAGUGCGUCUACUGUCACUUGGAUGGCUGGCGGCAGACGCCAGUGUCGCCGCAGACCAAGCAAUUGGCCUCGCUGGACGGUCCCUCUGCGCUGAUGGAGUGCUCCGUUUGCUAUGAGAUCGCCCAUCCAGACUGUGCGCUCUCACAGCUCGAUGGCACCGAGGAUGCUGCCGAUGCCAAGGGCAUUGUCAACGAGGAUCUGCCCAAUAGCUGGGAGUGUCCCAGCUGCUGUCGUUCCGGCAAGAAUUACGAUUACAAACCACGCCAUUUUCGCGCACGCCAAAAGUCAUCGGAGGUGCGACGCGUUUCAGUUUCGCAUGGAAACAAUGCUGGUGAGAGUCAUGAGGGAGGCGGAGCAGGAGGAGGUGCUGGCGCCGGUAGCCUGUUCCCGCCACCCGUUGGCCAAUAUAAUGACUUUGUGUUCACCAGCGAAUCGGAAAUGGAGUCUGGCGGCAGCGGCCAGCAUACAACACACUGGAAGCACGGCCUCAAGCGCCACCAUCAGCUGGAAGUGAAGACGGAGCGCAAUAAUAGCUGCGACACGCCCUCGCCGGGCAUUUCGCCCAAUGCGACGCAUCUGCUGAGCGACAAGAUAAAGCGGCGCAAGAGUGACGACGGCAUCAGUGUCAGCAGCAGCAUGCACGAGAGCAACGACGCGCCGUGCUCCAGCUCUAUGGACUGUGGCGCUGCUGGGGCGAGCGGUACAGGUGUCGCAUCCACUGGGCAUGGUGGCGGAGGAGGUAGCGGUGGCGGUGGCGGCGGCGGCGGCGGCGGGUCACGAAAGAAGAACUCUAUACGCUCACAGCUGGCGCAGCAGAUGCUCAACUCCUCGACACGUGUGAUGAAGAAGCCACAGUAUGUGGUGCGUCCAGCGCCCACAUCCAGCUCCUCACUAGGCGGGUCUGGACUCAGCAAUGGCGCCAGCAACGGCGUCAACAACGGCGCUGGUACAAGUGCGUCGGCGGGUUUGGUUGCUGUUGGUGCCGGUGGAGGAGGAGCUGCUGGCGCCAUGAGCAAUAUGGCCAGCAAUGGCGCCAAUGGGCAUAGCCAUCAUAUGCAUCAUGGUGGUGGCAAUAGCCACAGCCACAGCCAUAGCCAUAGCCACAGCCACGGCAGCAGCAACCACAACAGCGCACAUAAUUUAGCACUGGAUGCCACCGUAUUGAAGAUAAUAUUCCGUUAUUUGCCGCCCGAGACGCUCGUUACGUGCUGUUCCGUGUGCAAGGCUUGGUCCAAUGCAGCGGUGGACCCUGAUCUCUGGAAGCGCAUGAAUUGCGCCGAGCUUAAAAUAUCCGCCUCUCUAUUAACGGCCAUUGUGCGUCGGCAGCCGGAGCAUUUAAUUUUGGACUGGACGCAGCUGGCCAAGAGGCAAUUGGCCUGGCUGUUGGCUCGUCUACCCGCCCUCAAGAAUCUCUCACUGCAGAAUUGCCCCAUACAGGCGGUGCUAGCGCUCCACACCUGCCUCUGCCCGCCGCUGCAGAUACUCGAUUUGAGUUUUGUGCGGGGUUUGAAUGAUGCGGCUAUCAGAGAUAUCUUGUCGCCGCCAAAGGAUUCUCGUCCCGGUCUCAGCGAUUCGAAGACACGUCUGCGCGAUCUCAAAAUACUGAAGCUCGCUGGCACGGACAUCUCGGAUGUGGCUGUGCGCUAUAUAAUGCAGUCGUUGCCGCAACUCAAACAUUUGGAUCUCUCCUCGUGCCAGCGCAUUACGGAUGCAGGCGUGGCACAAAUUGGCACUUCACCAACGGCUAUUGGGCGCCUGGCGGAGCUCAAUUUGAGUGCCUGUCGCCUGGUCUCUGAAAACUCGCUGGAGCAUCUGUCCAAGUGCGAAAGCCUCAUCUGGCUGGAUUUGCGGCAUGUGCCGCAGGUGAGCACCCAAUCGGUGAUACGUUUUGCCAGCAAUUCCAAGCAUGAUCUGUGCGUCAAGGACAUUAAAUUAGUAGAACGCCGAAGGAUUUCAUUAAGCAAUAACUGGCACGACUGAGCACCGACCAGGUGACGAAAGCACCGACAGCGGCAGCGGCCAUUGUGGACAUUCACUGGCUGAAUCCGGAACAAUCUAUGGAUACACUGUAGGACAGGCUACGAGAAACUUGUUUUAGGUUUUAUGUCGCAGAUGCACGAAAACUUAUUUUUAUUUGUAAAUGUUUACGAAUGUUCCGACUUACGCUAACGGCUCCGGUUCGCAGGUGGCGCUACGGAACUUUAUUUAUUGUCAGCACACAAGAAACACCCUCCCCAAAUCCGCCAGAUUAUCUCACAUAUAGAGCAAUAGCCCGUUAAGAAAAAAAAAUAGAAAACCAAAGAAUUUUGUUUCUAGUACGAAAAAUCCAGCAGCAAAAUGAAAACUCCCUUCGCAUUGAGUGCACAAAUAAUACAAAUGAUACAGUAAAAACUGCCUAAAGCGUGCGGCGUGGGUAUACAUAAACAUAGCGUGUGGGUAAAUAAGAAAAUGAUUUGUAUACCCUUGCAAAAGAUAUUUUAUUAGAAGAGCUAAUCGGCCCUAGUAGUAUAUGUACUAUAUGGAAUCAUAAUCAGUAUCAACAAUCGAAUCAAUGUCUGUCUGUCUGUCUGUCUGUCAAACUAUUCACCCAUAUCGGGACUAUUAAGGCUAUAGGAGUGAUCGGAUAAAAGUUGAGAACAACAUCGUGAAAGGGACAUGAAUUUAUGCCGAAUUAAUUUUCAGGAACGUUUACUGCAUUCUAAAGAAACUUCGGUUAAAUAAAAUAAACGGCAAAGGCAAAAGAUUCUAAAAACCAUUUUUUUUUGUAAAUAUAAAAUUUUAAUAAUAUAUGCCUAAUAAGCCUUCAGAUACAUCGCAUAGCAUUGUCAGAGCCUAGAGGGCUUAUAUAUGUUUUUUUAUGUAUUGUCUGUAUCACAGUUUUUAAUGGACCUGUAUUGUUGGCUGUUUUAAAGGCAUUGUAACACGUGAAACAUCAAAAAGUUUCCAAUUUGAAACAGUUCUAAAUUUUAAACAAAAUGUUAACUUCGGUUGCGGAACGUGUAAAAUAGAUUUUGACCCAUUUACACGAUCUCCAAUUGAAAAGUGUCAAUUUUAUAAAUCGGAUCUAUGAUUCGGAAGCUUAACAAACGACUGAUCAGACGAAGUUUCCCAGUUAAAUAACACAUUGUUUUUAAUGAAAAUUGACAAAUAUGAUAUAUGUGCAAUAAUGUGUAGGGUACUUCAAGCUCCAAUGCGAAGGGUAUUCAAAUUACGGCUCGGCCGAGUAUACAUAUGAAAUCCAGAUAACGUAGAUAUCUAUGUUUAAGUUUAUUUUUGUCAUUACACAUAUUUAUUACAAUAUGUAGUGAUAGGUUGAGGUAAAUACGAGUACAUACACCAGCAUUAUAUACAUGCGUACAUACAUAUAUGACUAUAUAUAUUAGCAUUCCCGAGCAUGCAGCAUGUGUGUGUGUGUGUUUAACUGUUUAUUCUAUCCCAAAUCGGAAUCGGUGUGUCAUAUACGUAUAUACAUACUUUGUAUCUAAGCACAAUUUAAGGAUGCCAAUCUUGAAGAGAGCACACGCACUAGGCAUAUCUGCAGAGCAGGAAGUUACCUUAGCUUAGUUCAAACUCGUCUCACUACCAUCUGGAGUGGAUUUUUAGAUUGACAUAGUACAUACGCUUCACAAGUCUGCCCAACUGGCAUACCAUGUUUCCUCAGCCUUCCCCCUGCGCUAUCUCCCCUCAAGUAGAAGCUCAAAGAUCAGGCACAUUUAUUGGGCAUGACAUAAAUUCAAAAUUAUAUAUAUAUAUAUAUAUUAAAAUGUAUAAGCAUAGUGAUAACGUGGCUAAAAUCUGUAGUAUAUACAUAUAUAUAUGUAUUUGUCUGAGCAAUUAAGAAUAAUCCAUGUACACCUACAUACAUACGUAUAUUUAAUGUUUUACAACAAAAUUAUAAUAAAUAGAGCCUAAUGUUUAAAAUAUAUUAAAA